AUGCUUAGUUCUCUUUACGACUCGGCUGGCAAAGAUGGCGGACGCACAAACAGAGGGCUUAUCAGAAGCAGCCAACCAUCUUCCAGAACAAGAAGCGUGUUCUGGUUGGUGAAGGUGGCAAGGAGAAGCUACCACAAGCACUUUGGGCUAGGCUUCAAAACCCCAAGAGAGGCUAUUGAUGGCAUUUACAUUGACAAGAAAUGCCCCUUCACUGGAAAUGUCUCCAUCCGUGGUCGUAUCCUCUCCGGUGUGGUGACCAAGAUGAAGAUGCAGAGGACCAUCGUCAGAGGUGACUACCUGCAUUACAUCCGCAAAUACAACCGCUUUGAGAAGAGGCACAAGAACACGUCGGUCCAUCUCUCACCUGCCUUCAGGUAA